UAUUUCCUUAGAUACAAGGUCUCAUCGAGGAGUAACCUCUCUGAUGGGGGGCACUUCUGCACCACACAACUCCUGUUGGUUGGGGUCAAGGUAAAGGAGCUCUAGGGAUGCAUGAGAAAGGGGUAUGGAAGAGAAUGGUCUUGAUCCCAAAGAGAAAGUGAAGAGAAUCAAGUGUUUCUAUUGCUGAGAAGGCAAUGAAGAGACUGGGACCCCAAUGGCAAAGACCCUCCUAUGCUUGGUCAGGGAGUCAGAACAAGGUAGAAUUGGCAAUCAGUGAUGAGCUGUGAACCAGGACACUUGGGUCAGGAAGGGGUGGGGAACUUGAGGAAAGGAUCUGGGAGUGGAAACACCCAGCUUCCUUGGGUCAUUCAAGUGCCACCUGUUGCCACAGACUGAAUUAGGAAUGACAGUGGAAUGUAAAGACAUUAUCUGCACAACCACUGGCUCAGCUUGUUUCUGCUGUCUUCUGCCCCACUGAGAGGAAAAAGGGCUGGCUGUCUUGGUGCAGAGACAGAUGUUAGAGCUGAGCAAGAUGAAGGGCUGCAUGGUGGGAAGCAGGGCUCUUCUGGUCUGUCUUCUGAUCUGUCUUCAUCUUCCAGGCUUCUUUGCCCGAAGCAUUGGUGCAGUGGAGGAGAAAGUUCUCCAAGACUUGGGAACCAACUUACCUCUGCUUGAACAACCUUCCUUGACCAGCCACUCCAACUCUGAACUUCCUCGCCCAAAACCAGACCCUGGGCCAAAUGAUUUAACAAGGGUUCCUGUGAAGCCUAAUGCCUCUCCAUCAGGUGGCUCCCAACCUACAAGAGGUUCUGGGGUUCAGAGGUGGCCCCCAACUGAGGAGAUGCCCUCCAUGGAUCUCUGGUACUCUGAGGAUCCUUGGCAGAUGAGGAUUGCUGCCACUGAGAACCACGUCGGGGAAGUGCUACCUGAAAAACUGUCUUUCCUUUCUGGUGCUGUUGCCCCCACUCUGGGCAGCAGUCCUUUACCCGCAGGGCCCUCUGCACGCUCCAUGGGCCCCGUACCUGAGGCUCUACUCCUCCGCCAGGACUCCGAGUCUAGAUGGCCACUCCAUUCUAAUGUUCUGGGAGCCCAGAGAGAAAUCCUUGCCCAAAGCCCACCCUCUCUUAUUAACAGGAUUCAACAGCCACUGCUGUCUGGACACCCCUGGGGAACCCUAAAUCCAAGCGUGUCCUGGGGAAGCGGAGGUUCUGGAGCUGGAUGGGGAACAAGGCCCAUGUCACAUCUUGUGGGAAUCUGGAGUCUCAAUAAUCAAUACCCAAGCACUAGCUGGGGGGAUCUUAACCAGUAUCCAGGUACUAGUUGGGGAAAUAUUAACCGAUAUCCAGGAGGCAGCUGGGGGAAUACUCAUCUACUCCCAGGUAUUAAUAAUCGGUUUCCUCCCAGAGUUCUCCAUCCUACCAGUUUUUCUUGGAAUAUCCCAGCUGGCCUCCCCAGUCCUCAAAACCCUGGGUCACAGUGGGGUUAGGAGAAAAUCUUAAGUUGGAAAUCAGAGAAUGGAGUCCUGCUCCCUCCCCUUGCAGUAGGAGCUAAAUCAGGAUUCAACCAGCGUGUUUUCUAGCACCAUCUACUUUUCACUGACUCCGCUGCUCCCCCCAUGCUGAUCUCCAAUAAAA